UUUGAGGUGUAACAAAGGAACACUCGUCUAAUCACUAGUCUAGUUCUGUUUUUAACUUAUUUUACUUAAAAUGUCACUGUUUUGUCUAAUUUGACUGUAUUGUAUGUCAUUGAAGCAUGUUCAUUUUUUUAAAUAUUAAAUCGAGUGUUUUAAAAGGUUAAAGGUCACGUCCUGACGAAAAUGCCGACUUCUCAUCAUCCUCCUCUUCAUCAUCAGGGUGGUUGAAGGAGUUGAAAAUUUCAUGUGCACGACACGCUGAUGAUGAUGAAGAUAGGAGGAGGAAGAGGAGUGGUACGGAGCGCUUGAUUGGUGGCAGCACAGAUGCAGUCAGGACCCUGAAGGACAGAAGUAGGACUGUUUAGUCCAACAAUGUCUUCUGAGUCCUCCAAGACGUCCCCUGAGGCGACGGUGACCGUGCCCUUUGACCCCUCCAUGUCAGCCGCUACGCCAGUAAGAGAAGUCCAAAGUAUCGGCACAGCGAGGAAGGAGGACGAGGACAACGACCGCAAACGUCUUUACUGCUCGCUCUGCAAAGUGGCCGCCAACUCUGCCUCACAGCUGCAAGCUCACAACAGCGGCACCAAGCACAAGACCAUGCUGGAGGCGAGGAACGGCGCCGGCGCCAUCAAGUCCUUCCCGAGGCCGGGCGUCAAGGUCAAUGCAGCGCCGCCGGCCAGCGAGCUGUGGAGCGGCCUGCAGAACAGAACCUUCCAGUGCGAGAUCUGCGACGUGCACGUCAACUCGGCCACGCAACUCAAGCAGCACAUCAGCAGCAGGCGACAUAAAGGCAGAGCAGCAGGCAAAGCAGCCAAGCCCAAAUUCAAGCCCUACACUGCCGGCCAGCAUCACACUCGCAUCCUGACGCUUCGUUGGACCAGGGAGAAGAACCACGACCGCAUCAAACACACAAACUCCACGUCGUCGCUGCCGACCUUCCAUCUCCAUCCUGCCACAGACUCAAGCCCCGCCCUGUUUCAGGCUCCGCCCCUCCUACAGGCCCUUAUGCGCCCGAGCUCCGCCCCUGUCUGUGCAACGCCGCUUCUGUUUCCUCACUACUGACUUAGAAGUUGCAUCAAAUAGGUAAAAAAAAAGACUAUUU